AUGGCCGACCCCGCCGCCCGCCGCGUCUCGCUGCCCGCCGAUGCUUACUCCCGCGCGGCGCACUGCGAGUGCGACCCGGAUGCCACAGCCCGCCGGUCGCUGGACGCGUCCGCGCCGCGCCGUGACGCAGCAGCUCGCCCACGCGGAAUCCUGAGGCCCUACCGCGCUUCUAUAGACGCCGCGUCCCGCCCAGGCUCGCCUUUAGGCUCUUCCCAGCCACCACCACCUGCCUCACCCCCCUCGCCCUCGUCAGCAGCGAAACGCUUCUCGUUCCCCGCGUCCGCGCCCACCCACCGCCCCCGGUACGCGAGCGUCAACAUCCCCUUGGCUGCGUCUGCGUUCGCGCACGAUAUCGACGGCGACAGGCUUGCCAGGGCGUGUGGCCAGGCCCCGCUGUUUCACUACCCGCGCUACGACCAGCCGCCGGGCAGAGACAGCAUGUAUUUCUCACCCGCUUCCCCCUCCUCGUCUGCUAUGACGAGGAAAUCAGGAUCAGACUCAUCGGUAUUGGGUGAGCGGGAGCGCAGAGACAGCGCACCGCCUCCCCCGCCGCUGCCUGUGCCAAAUGUACGCAAGGCGUACCGCCAGCUGGAUCUAGCGCUGCGGGCGAUGGGCGUGAACGUCAAAGAAAUACUCGCCCUACCCGAGGUUUUAGCUAUCCACGAGGAAGACGAAGAAGAGCAGGCAGAUGCCAGCACCAGCAGUAGUAGGCGCGUGUUCGGCGUUGCGAUCAGGAAGAGCAUGGCGUAUGCGUCCACAACGGCGGUCAUAGCCGGGUACACGCAACGCCUCCCCGUCGUCGCGCACGCGUGCGUCGAGCAGCUAUACAAAACAGGCAUCUACCAGCCGCACCUCUUCCGCGCGCUGCCCUCGCGCGCGCGUCACAUGGCGCUCAUCUCGCUGUACGACACGCCGCCCUCCUUCGGCGCCGCCCACUCCCUCCGCGCCGAGCGCACCGAGGACGUCUGCGCGCUGCUCCUCACGUACCUCUGCUCGCUGCCUGCGCCGGUGCUCCCGCGCGAGGUCGGCGCGGGGCUCUGGGCGUGGUGCGUCGCGCCCUGCGAUAGUGACGGUGACAGUAAGCGGGGCGAGGACGAGGAGAAGAGGGUGACGGUCGCGCAGCUGCUGUUAAGACUGCUGCCGAGGGAGAAUCUGAGUCUCCUGACGUACCUCCUCUCGUUCUUCACGCAGAUCCCGCUCUCGCCGGAGAACGGGAUGCUCCCGGGGGACGUGGCAAGGAUGUUUGGCUGGCGCGUGCUCGGCGGGGGGCUGCUCGCGCCCAAGGGCGAUUUGCGGGCGCUGAAUGCAAAGGAGCGGGAGCGGGAACGGGAGCGGGAGGAGAAGAGACGGGGCGAGGAGAUGCUCGGGUGGGUGAUGGAGCGCUGGGGGGCGAUUUAUGAGGGGUUGUUUGGCGAGAGUGGGAGUGGGUUGGAUAGGGGGAACUCGAAGAGUGAGAGACAGAGGGCGGGGGAGCGGGAUGGAGGGCGCCCGGGGCUGGAGAGGCGAAGCUCGCAGCGGGAGAGGGCAGAGCGGAGAGACGGGCGCGCGCCGUACGUGUCGCCGCGGGCGGGGCACCGCCGGCUUGCGUCGGAGAAUCUGAGCCUCGCGCCGGAUGAGGGGUCGUCGGCCUCGUCGAUUUCUUCGCCUGCGUCCGAGUUUGGGGACGGGAGGGUUGGUCUGGGUGUGGGGCUGGUGGGAGAUAGCGUGCCGCCUGAUUUCGUCCUUAACGGGGCGUUUGAACCAAAGAAGGGGAGUCUCGUGCGAGGGGACUCUGCGAGCGUGUACUCUGUCAUGACAGGUUUUGGCGAGUAUGACGUGCCCGACAGCGCGGUCAGCUUCGACCGGUUGGUUUUCCCCGGGAAGAGCGAGCACGACUUGGACAGAGAGAACCGAACAACAACCCAGCCUCCUCCCCGACUUCUGGACGUCGACGUUACAGCGCCGGACACGGACGGGCUGGACUGGUGCGAUCUGCUCGUGCCGCGCGAAGGGAGGGGAGAGGAGGAGCGCGAGCUGAGGAAGGAGCUCGAAUGCGUAAGAGGGGAGAGAGACCAGCAGCGGCGGAUCCUGCAGGAGAUCAGGAAGCUCGUCGAGACGAGCUAGGUUCGGCGGCUUAAGUUCAAGUGGGAUUUGGACUAACGUGCUUGCGCUUUGGUUUGGUUGGGUGUUAAGGAUAAUGUAUUCGGUAAUGGUAUCGUGCUUGUAGUGUACCUGUAUCUUAUUCGCUGUAGUAGUUGGAGUGCCCUGGGUUUGUCCAUGUAGUAUAGUUUUCAGGCAUGCGGAACAUUAGAAGCAAUCGCAUUGCGC